AUGACGACACCCGAAGCAGCGAUCGGGACGCAAGCUCGACCUACGACUGUGCUUCUUCUUCGAACGCCCGUACCUCCGUCCGUAGGCACGGAUCCCUAUCACGACAUUUUCGGACCCUUUUGCCUGCCCUCUUUUCCCUUUAGCGCGUUGGAAUCUGGCUCUUCCACACCUCUUCCCGCUGCGCCACUCAAUCCGCACUCGAUCGGAAAGGGAGAAGGCGUGGAGCUGCUGAAGAACGCUUUGCAGGGUAGCGAGACGGGAAGGAGAAGAGGUAGGUGGAUCAGCGAUGAUGAUAGCCUCACCACUACGCACUUGGAAAAGGUGAAUGUGAGGGCGACGAGGAAUGGCACUGCUGCAGGUGCGGCGGCGGAUGGGGAGGAUGAGGAGACGUUGGAGAGGGAAUGGUGCGUCUGCAGUAUCCCCGUCUUGGGUCACAGCCUCAUCGAUACGGACGGCUUGACUAGGAGGGUGCGCAGUGGCCCUCCUCCUCUUCCUCCUCCUCCUCAACCCUCAUCGUCAUCGUCGGCGCCGGACGUGCAGGUGGAUGGAGAUGCUCAGCAAUCAUCGCAGUUAGGAGCGCACGAAAAGUACAGAGGAGUCAUCGUCACUUCUCAGAGAGCAGUGGAUGCUUGGGCUGAAGCUGCAAAGCAGGUAGCGCAGGAAAUGCAACAAGGAAAGCAUGGUGAGUGAAGGAAUGCUUGGCUUUGCUCGACUUUUGUUUACUUGGCCUUCGCACGGUAUGGAGGAAGAGGGGGUGGGCAAGCCGGCGUGCCUUGCUAAGCCAGUGCACAUGCAAGUGUCUGACAUUUGCUUCGUUUCAUGCCUGCAGCUCCAACCACGACUUGGAAUCGAGUUCCCUUCUUCGCUGUAGGGCCCGCGACAGCGUCAGCGCUCAGGCAGCUUGCACCUUCAUUACCACUACCGUUGCGGCCUUCUCUGGUCAUGGGUGGGGGCGCGACAGGUACAGGCGAAGCGCUGGCCAACUACGUGAUACGGCACUUUGGCGGCGAUCCUUUUGCACCUCCCGCUCCCAAUCGAUCCGAAGUGGAAGUCACAUCUCAGCCUCCCAUUCUGGUGCUUGUAGGCGACAAGAACGCGCCUACCAUCCCGGACAAGUUGAGGGGUGCGGCUCUGAAUUACGAGGUGCAGCAAGUGUACGAGACGUGCUUGGAUGAUGACUUUGAGGAGAGGUGUACGGAUCUAGCGAGGACUUUGCCUGCGACCAGCUCUAGACCUGGAUCGAGGAGGCCCAGCAGGUCGAACAGCGGAUCGUUUGGUGGAGGAGGAAGGAGGCCUAGCUGGGCAGCGUCUAUACGCGAAGCGGCAGAUCAGAACGCGGCUCAUCUUCGGGAAGGCAUCGCCUCUGCUCUGGGAUCCAUCGCAAGCGUUGGAAGCAAUCCUCUAUCUGCCAUGACUCCCGUAUCCCAUGCUCACACUCAGGCGGGAGGUACGGGCAGCCCGCUGCAAGCGGCCAAUGCCAUUGCAGACGAGGAGGACGAUGCGUUGCCCGAUGCCCCGCUUCCUCUGGAUACGGAUCUAGGACUGGGCACGGGCCGAGGCACCAAGCCGGAUUGGAUCGUCCUGUUCUCUCCUUCUGGUCUUACCUAUGCCUUGUCAGCUCUGCGGCGCAAGAAGUGGAUUCCGCCCGCCUCUAAUGCGACGACGAAUGAGAAUGGCGGCGGAGGGACGAGCUCGGGGGCGCCAGAGGGCUACCCGCGCAUAGCGUGUUUGGGACCCACAACCAAAAGAGCAGUCAAGGAGACUUUGGGCUUCCAAGCCGAUGCGGUGGCCAGCGCGCCCGAGCCCAUCGAGCUCAAAGAGGCCAUCAAGAAUGCCGAGAUUAGGAUUAGGAGGGAGAGGGAAAAGUUCAAGGAGGCUAGAAUGGCUCAAGAGGCGCAAAGGAGAGAAAGAAGGGAUAAUCCCGAUCCGGACGGUCUCAUCGAGAUGGAUACUAGCUGA